UAGCAAUCAGCGCCGCACCAAAAAAGCCCGUUUUGCCUCUCGACUGUCUCUGUCUCUGUCUUAUCUCUUUCUCUCUCCCUCUCUAUCUUUGCUUCUUCUCUCUCUCUCUCUCUACGCCCCCGUCUCUUUCUCCGUAUGUAGUGAAGGCGGAACCUCACUGCGGCGGCACAGAGGUUGCGAGAUCAAAGCGAAUAUGGCCGUUGCAAGCCCUACAGCCGACGACACGGUCGACUGCGACUUUCUUAUCGUGGGCGCAGGCUCGAGCGGGUGCGUGCUGGCUUCCAGGCUUGUGCGGGCAGGCCUCAAGGUCCUGCUCGUCGAGAAGGGCCCGGCUGACGCCUCGACCCUCGCCAAGGUGGUCGGCCGGCCGUCGGGCUGGGUGCACCAGGCCUCGAGCGGGAAGGGUCUCUCGGAGGCCUUUAAUACCGUGCCCCAGGCCGGCCUCGGCUACCGCGAACUUCCCGCGUACAACGGCGUCGGGGGCGGAGGCUCGAGCAACGUCAACGCUGGUUUAUACCAACGAGGAAGGGAGGAGGACUACGAAAAGCACUGGCCCUGGGAACUCAAGGACAUCGAGGCGAGCUUCAAGUCCAUCGAGGCCGAGCUCACCCUGGAGGAGCUCCCGACCACCGGCACGGUCGCCCCGUCGUGCGCCCGCAUGCUCGAAGAGGUGGGGUUCAAGAGCCCCCCCCGGCCGUUGUCCUCACGCAGCGAGGACGGUUACACCGAGCCGACCUGGACCAGGCUAGGCCUCGGCGGUUGCCCGAUGAAGCGCACCACGACCAGGGGUGGGGAGAGGCAGACGGCCUGGUCGGCCUUCGUCCGCCCCGUGACGACGAUGCCCAACCUCAAGAUCAAGGACGACGCCGCGGUGUCCCGCGUCAUCAUCGAUGGCGGGCGCGCGGUUGGGGUAGAGGUUGUAGAGUCCGCGCCGGGGUGGCGGUGGUUGGGGGGGGGGCGGCGGCGGACGCGGGUGCGGCAGCUGCGGCUGGCGAAGGACCGCGCGGAGAUCGUCAUUUGCUGCGGGGCGUUCAGGUCUCCGAAGCUCCUCAUGCUCUCCGGCGUGGGGCCUAGGAGGCACCUGGAGGAGAAGGGGGUGCCGGUCGUGGUCGACAUGCCUCAUGUUGGCGAAAACCUCCAGGACCACCUGGUUCUCCCCACUUUGAACAUUAGCAAGACGCGAAUGACAGAGGCCGACUACACGGAAGACUCCUUCCACAGCGCGACCUACUUCUCCUGUGCGCUUCCCCAGGAGGUAGCAGCACCCGCCGGACCACCUUCUGCUGCCACCGCCACCACCGCCGCUGGUUCUUCCUCCUCCCGGACGGAGACCCCCUCCCCGGGUGAUGCCGUCGUAGGCGUGCUCCACGGGGACGGCUCUUUCCUCGUGCGGAACCUCAGCGGCCUGAUCACCAUGCUCUUCGUGCGGCCGGGGCUGCUCGGCGCCGUGGGGCGCGGCGUGGUACUGGCGGUGAUCUGGGUGGCAACCUGGCUCACUCCGCUGACGCGAAUCCUCCGAGGCACCCGCUGCAACCUGAUGCUCGUCACUACCGUCAAGAGCAAGGGAACGGUGCGCCUAGCGUCCGGGACGGACGCCGAGGCGCCGCCUGUGAUCGACCCGGGGUACUUCUCGCACCCGCAGGACCGACGGGCCAUGUUAGAGUGCUGGCGCACGAUCCGCCGGGCCAAGAGGGAGACGACCACCGGCAAGGCUGUUUUUGGCUUCGAGAUCCUGCCCGGAAGAAAGUUCAACAACUGCGACGACGACGAGAGCUUCUUGAAGUUCGCCAGAGAGUGCUGCCUGCCCUACUUCCACCCGGUGGGCACCUGCCGGAUGGGACGAGAGGUUCAAGACUCGGUGGUCUCCGCCGACGACCUCAGAGUCCACGGGAUUUCUGGUUUGAGGGUAGCCGACGCCUCGGUGGCGCCGCACAUCCCGGCCACUCCGACGCAGGCGAUGUGCAUGAUGAUCGGAGAUCGGGCGGCCGCGAUCGCCCUCAGAGACAGGUUCGCCAAGGAACAGGUCAAGGCGCGAAUGAUCGAAACCGCGAGUAGCUCCAUCAACUAGUGCUGGACUGCCUUUGCGUGUGGGCGCAAGAGGAUCGGUCGGUCAAGCGGGCAUCCCUGCCUGGCUGAUCAAGUCGUCGGUCUCAACAUAUCAUAAUUUGAGACCUGCACCUGUUUUCGUUUUACCAUCGAGUGCAGUUCACUGGCUUGUAGAGUGUUGGAAUAACAUUCCGGCUGGUUUGUGGAGCUUGGGUUUUGCUUGGAGCCAAAACCGUGGUGUGGGUGGAACCUUCACCGAUGGAGUUGGUUGGGGGCCUAGAUGGAUUUGACGCGCGAAUUUCCGCUUGGCCUCGUCCUUGACUUACUCGUUAAACUGGCUUUAGGAAGGAACUAAAGUCACCCUUCUUCUGCUCAGAAACGCUCAAGACAAGAUCUCGCGAGCGUGAUAGUGAAGUGCUGUACGCUCGCGGACACCAAAAACAACUUCGAUCUUCAGCGCUAAGGGGUCGGAGAGAACCAGGGUCGCAAAGCCGAAAACGAAAAUAAUACUGUUGUUGGAUGACGUCACAGCCUACCUACGCACAUCGAGGACAUAUCUCGGAUUUUCAUUGUUUAGGUCUACUGCUCCAAAAGCGAUAUUACGGCACAGAGGAAUGCAUACGGAUUUGCACACGUCCGGCGCAUAUCCGAUAGAGGGCAUGUCGUUUCACAACCCAGCCACAUAACGUCUCAGGAACGAAACUACACAACGUUGACCGAACCUACCUUGCAUUGCUUCUCUUCACACGUUGCCUAAUGUUUUGCAGGGGGUGGGGCGUUUGGACGCCUCACAUACGCGGGUGACGGGUUGUUUUACCCUAGAAACAAGUCCUGCAGUUGCGAAAUCGCGUCAACUGGUACGUCCAACUCCUGAACUACCCGAACCCUCCCACCGCGCAGACGUACAUGGUUGGAUGGUAUUGCUACCAGGACCUUUAUGUACACGCGUGGUUAAGCGCUUAGGAGGGACCGGGCUCCGAUGCAGGCACCCAACGACUACACACACGGCAGGAGCCUCCUUGUGAAUGCCUGGCACUAGGUUGCGAAGGUGGCCAUGGACCAAUCCUCUUCGUUCUAGCCUACCGCCUUCUGCUACGAAUACAUGGAGUGAAGACAGACUUUGGCGGACGCUAACGACAGGCCACCGAUAUGAAACCCCCCUGAACACAGUAAUAGCAAACACGGCACUUCACUGAGAGACAUCAUGAGAGAUGGCAUGCCGCGGGUUCGGCAAACACACAGAAGUGAAACCGUCGCUGAUAUUCAAACAGAACAACACGGGUACAUACGCGGCAUGGCAAGCGAGGAUAGAUUUCGGCGCCAACGUUACGACCCAGAAAGGUAUACGGCAUGCGCUUCCACUCCCCCAAAACCAAUGAAAACAAUAGUCUCGGAACCUUUAACCUUCCCAUCAAUACAUCAUCAGGUGGCGCAAGGUGGUCGGGAGAGACUAGGCUCCUCGAAAACACGCCAGGCGAUCCUAUUACCAGGAGGCCAACGACCUGACACGCGCUGGUUAGAGCGCCAAUUUUGAUAACCCCAACAACGCCUUCCCCCGGUUGGUGGAGCACGCAGCAAAAACAAAAAACUUUAGGACACAAAAAGAAGCACAACACUGCUGCUGUCAACCUCAAGCCAAUUAACGCAUCGUGGUUGCUUUUCGAUGUUGCAUCUAUCCUGUUGGGCAAACAACAACGUUGUCCAGAGACAAAAGAAAGGGUCCCCGUAGGCGGGGACACCCCCCCCCCCCCCCCCCCC